GAAGAGGAAGUAAGAGAGAGACAGAGAGAAAAAACAGGCACACUUCUGCUAGAAUUGACCUAGGCAGGAGGGAUGGCUCUGGACAAGAUUCGAGAUCUUAGCCUGAGGCUGCUGUGCUCCCGCGGGGGCUGUAUGCAGUACAGCACCUUACGGAGGGAGAUCUUCCGCUUUUUCCAGGUCACAGACUGGGAACUGUGUCGGAUGUUGCGGGCCGGCCAAUGUUUCGCCAUCGUGCCGGGCCAGGGCCCCAAGCUGGCCGGCUCGGAGCUGACUGAGAACAGCCAGAUCAUUGCCAUCACCUCGGUCAGACUGUGCAAGGACUUUCUGAGGAAGAACUGCGGCGGCUCUUGCGGCCAGCUCCACCUCUGCAAAUUCUUCCUCCUGGGCAAUUGCAAAUUCUCCAAGGGGAGAAAUGCCUGCAACUUCUCGCAUGCUAUCCAUUCUCCUCACAACCUGAGCAUACUGUCUUCAAGAGGAAGCCUUCACAAGCUGACAGAGGUGGAACUGCGACAGCUGCUGCUUCAGAAUGAUACAUCUCUGCUGCCCGAGAUUUGCACUUUUUACAACAGGGGCCCUGGCCGCUAUGGCAACUGCACCUACAAACAUGAAUGCACUAAGCUUCACGUCUGCCUCCACUAUGUCCAGGGCUCCUGCAAAUUUGGGUCAAGCUGUAAGCGCUGUCACAGUUUCAGUGACAGCAACAGCGCCAUGAGCCUGGAGAAUCUGAGAUCUGAUGUGGCACAGAACCUGCAGCAAACGUACCAGAACCUGUUCAGCAUCAAGAACUACACACCGCCUGAUGGGAAAGAAAAGUCACCCCGGACCCGACUAUCCUCCGGCAGCUCCAGUGGUGAUAUGGACAGCGAGGAGAUCUGCCUGUACUUUGUCCGGAAGAAUUGCAGCUUUAAAGAUCAAUGUAACCGGGUUCACUUCAAGCUCCCUUAUCGAUGGCAGGUUCAUGGCGAAUCUUGGCAAGAUCUCCCGAACAUGGAGCAGAUUGAGAAGGAUUACUGCGAUCCCAAUAAGACCAGGUCCUCGGUGAUUAAUUUUGAUGCCAUGGUAAGUGGCUUGAGCCAGGUUAGGCGCCUAUCCACAGCAUCCUCAGUUACAAAACCUCCACAUUACAUCCUGACCACAGAAUGGCUAUGGUACUGGAAGGACGAAUACGGAAAGUGGAUUGAAUAUGGGAAACAAGAAGGGCUACACAGUGCUGCCAGCACGACAUCCAUUAACCUGGAGAAGGCGUAUUUGGCAGACAGCAAUGGGAAUGUGGAAUUCACGGCUGGAAAGCAUCAAUAUGUGCUGAGCUUUAAAGAAAUGUGUCAGACGAACACACGUGUUGGGACUCAGAGAGCUGUCCGGAGGAGACCCAAGUUCAUCUCUGAGCAAGAUUUGGAGAAUCAGAUACAAAACCAAGGAAAACCUGGACAGUCAGGCAACACUCAAGGAAAAUCCGUUCCAGCCACCUGGGAUAAAUCGCUUGAUAUAAGUCUGGAAUUUAAGCUGGUUCAAGUGCCCGAGUCUUCAGAGGAAUAUAAACAGGUGCAGACCCUCUUUCAGAGGACCAUGAGGAACAGCAUCAUCCAGAAAAUUGAGCGAGUCCAAAACCUGGCUCUUUGGGAAGUCUUUCAAUGGCAGAAGGAGCAGAUGAGGAAGGCCGGCGGUGGUGCAGAAGUGGCUGAGAAGCAGCUUUUCCACGGCACAGAUCCCAAAUUUAUUGAGGCCAUCUGCCAGCAGAACUUUGACUGGAGGAUCUGCGGAGUUCAUGGAACUGCCUACGGAAAAGGAACCUACUUUGCCAGGGAUGCAUCCUAUUCCCAUAAUUACUGUCAGCCGAGACAAGGAGCAAUGACCAUGUUUGUCGCCCGGGUUUUGGUGGGGCAGUUUGUGAAAGGAGUCUCGAGUUACCUCCGGCCACCCUUAAGAGAUGGCUCGAAGUCCAGCUAUUACGACAGUUGUGUUAACGACGACUCCAACCCUUCGAUAUUCGUCAUCUUUGAGAAACACCAGAUCUACCCUGAGUACGUUAUAGAGUACAAAAGUUAAAGCAAGUCACUGUCUGAGGUGGACAGGACAUGGUUGUGUCCACAACUGCUGCGUGAUGGAACCUGGUCGUAAUUUCAUCUCAUUGUCUCCCUGUGAAAUGGAAACAUUAAAACAGCUGUAUGAUUGGUUAGAAAUCCAUCCUUUCUGGUUCAGUUGUGCUUGCCUCUGUUCUGUCAUGCCAGAGCUGCCCAGAUCCUCUAAGUCAUAAUUAUUUUUGUAAGAAUUUUGAUACAACUGAGUGGCUUGCUUGGUGAUUUCCGAGUCAAUGACAUUGCUGUGGGACAAUACUCAUAUCAGGCCAGACAGUGAACAGAAAAGUUCCUGAAAGGAACCAGAUGGAAUAUUAGUGCAAAUGGGGCAAUUUUAUGGUCAUUUUCACUGUUAGUAGCUUUUUAUUACACAUUUACUUUAGUUAGCUGUGUUUAAAUUUUCCAGCUGCCUUGGAUGAGAUUCUGUUUUACGUCUUAAUAGAUUAUUAGUCCCUGUUUCUUGUCUGGGGGAUAUGACCUCUAUACUAAAUUAAUGUCUAAUAUCUUUCACUUAGGAAUGGUGUAAUAUACUGCACUUUCUGUUAAAUUCCGUUAUUUUGUAGUGUCACAGUGCUCUUGAAGCUAUACUGACAAAAUAAAGACUGAAAAAAAAAUUUAAAAAGAAAUGACAGAUGCUGGAAAUCUGAAGUAGCCAGAGAAACAUUUCAGAGAGCGCUUAGCAUUGGUGAAAGAGAAACGAAGAAAACAGCUGGGGUUUUAUGUGUCCACUACCCAGAGAGUCAGGAGCAACCCAGCCUGAGUCACUUCCGACCUGAUUUUUAUUGAGAAGCAAUUUUAUUAUAGUCAAGCUGUAUAUUGUAUGUAUGUGUAUAUAUAUACGUAUCUCCUGACUUCACUCUAGCCCCAUGUUGGUAAGUGUCUCUUUGAACUGAUUUGAAAUAAAUGUAAGAAAUUAAGUCAAAUGGAAAGGUGAGAGCUGUUCUGUCUCCGCAGCACCACCACACAUGGUGGCCGUUACUGGAAUAGCAGCCAGUCCGGAACAGCAAAGGCUAAAAGGAGGUAAAAGUGGGGUUGGCCUCAUUGUGACCAGUCAGGCUUCUCCCAGAAAGGUUGGCAGGAGUGGUGUUGCGGCUGGCAUCAAAUGCAGUUGAGGUUUGCCAAAUUCACUGAGGUUGCCAACCGGGUGGACGUGGCAGUCUGUCUGUGUGGCAGAGGGGCCCCUCCACCACCUCCUAUCACAGCGCUGGUAAAAUGCCAGCAACAGCAGGAUGGCAACGGCUAUGUCAUUGUCCCCAUCCUGCCGAGUGAAACAGGUGGCUGAGGCUUAUUUUAUUUUUCGUCUCGCGCUUAUCAGGAGGAUUGCAAAGUUUCAAACGGUCACAGGGGUUUCCGCAGCAGGAAAACAAGGUGCUGCUGGGUUGGCAGGUGGAUUCUCUGUUGCAGAGGUAUUGCCGUGGGAAAAGCUGCAGAGGCUCCCUGUACAGGCGUGCCAAGCCUCUGUGCAAUGAAGAAAGGUGCCAGGUUUGAAUGCAUUAUUUUGAUUUGCAGAUAACGGGUGCUGUUCUAUGAAUGGCUGCCCUUGUCACAUGUAUAAAUGAGCCAUGUCAUUAGCUUGAUUGGUUCAAUAUGAUUCUGUGAUUGGGCAGCACUGGCUGUUGUGCUAAUAGCCAGAAUAACAACCAUAGUCAUAGAAUCAUACCAACUCAUGAUGUGGCUUGUUUAUGCUUGCUGGAAUGGGAGCACCUUCUCUGUAAGCAAAAAUAAUAAGUUCAAGCCUUUUCUGAGUUACACAGGAGCUUGGAGAGCCUUAGUUCCCUAUUGCUCUUUCCAUCACAACACCCCGGCCAAUUAGAGUUGACAUGGCAACUAAUCAGCACCCUUUUUCUCAUGUAGUAGAUGCCCUGAUCGUUUGCAAUUUGGGAUUCUUGUGCUUGUUCUGAUGAAUGCAAGACAGAAGCUUUGGCCGAGGGUCUCUGUUCAGCGAGAUUCUAAGUAUUAUAUUGGUUCUCCACAAAUGAAUGAACUGGUGACUUCUGACAGUAUGGCUACCAUUGCCAACUGCUAAAGGUCCUAGUUAGUAAACCAUUGUUGGAAAUUUGGCACUGCUAUUCUUAUUGUCUCUUCCUAUUCUUUUAAAUAUAACGAGUCAUUGACAGAGCUUUUCAGACCAGGGGCAUUCCAACAACAAUAGACUGCAUUUGUAAAGCUCCUUUAAUGUCAUAAAAUGACCGAAGUGCAUUAUAGAAAAGAAUUGGCACCGAGCCACUUAAAAAGGUAUUGGGACAAGUGACCAGAAUUAUAUUUGGCAACAGGUUGGUUCAAGGAAGGAUGGGAAGGUUUAUGAAGGGAACUCCAAAGCUUAGGGCCCAGGCAGUAGACUAUCAUUUGUGCAAUGAUGGAAUUCAACUUGUGCAGGAGGAUAGAAUUAGAAAAGCAAAGAGAUUAUGACAGAGAAAAGAGGGGAGGAGAUAGCUUUUAAGUACAAAAUCACAAUGGCUUCUUGUAGUGAUUGGAACCAUGGUCAGGAAGAAUCUCAUAGUUACUGAGAUCCACCUGGCCAUGGUUUCAAUCACUUUACUCCUGAAUAAAGCUUAACUGAAAGGUGAUCUACUUUUUUUUUCUGGAUUUUGACAUGUUUAACUAGCUGUGGGGGUGGAAAUGUUGCCUAAACUUUGAUGCUUUGGUUGUUAAUCUUUUUAACUGUUGUAUAAAAUGAACAAGUAAAAAUAA